GAGAUCGAUCGAUCGAGCUUAAUUGCGCCACUGCUCGUUAUCCUCCUCUUGCAUUGCAUUGCAGGUCGUAGUUGAGCAGCAGCAACCACUGCACAGGAUGUCGUGGCAGACGUACGUCGAUGAGCACCUCAUGUGCGAGAUCGAGGGCCACCACCUGAGCUCUGCCGCCAUAGUCGGCCACGACGGCGCCGUUUGGGCCCAGAGCACCGCAUUCCCACAGUUCAAGCCAGAGGAGAUGACCAACAUCAUUAAGGACUUCGACGAGCCUGGGUUUCUGGCCCCGAUCGGCCUCUUCCUUGGCCCCACCAAGUACAUGGUCAUCCAAGGCGAGCCCGGCGCUGUCAUCCGCGGGAAGAAGGGAUCUGGAGGCAUAACUGUGAAGAAGACCGGACAGGCGCUGGUGAUCGGCAUCUACGACGAGCCCAUGACCCCUGGACAGUGCAACAUGGUGGUUGAGAGGCUCGGUGACUACCUCGUAGAGCAAGGCCUGUGAAUGCAUCCAAACAACGACACCAACGCCAACAUUAAUUAAUUAGUAGUCUCCAUGCCCUGGGAUUGUGCGUGGCCGCUCCGUUGAACACCACCCAUCCUUCGUUCGGCAUUUUUUCCCCCCUUGUUUAUAUAAUUUUAUUGUAUCGUUUUGGCAAAUAAUUUUGUGAUUCGACCCCAAAGCAAGUUUGGUUGUCUUACGAUUUGUAAACCUGGAACAAUAUAUAAUGUGA